GCUGGCUACAAACAUACAAAUUAUCGAGUUUCUAACAAAGAUAAAGACGGCUCUGCGUCUCCGCGUAUUUGCCAACUGUAAUUCUAGCCCAGUAAAAGCGACUAGAAAGGUGAAAACCGCAGGAGUCGGACCGCCCCCACUGCCACCCACCGAGGACGCCAGCGGGACAGCCUUGCGGCCACAGCGAAGGCCGUGUGCGCAAGAGUGCGAGCGAGAGGGCAGCAGGCGACACAGGCAGAGGCGAGCGAAUCAUUUUCGCAAGUGUUGUGAUAGAAAAAAGUGAAGGAACUGCGAUAGUGAGUUCAAACAACCACGACCAAGAAUGUCUUCAACCCCAGCAGCGGGCAGUGUCGCCGAGGUGGCCACCUCCAGUGCCACCUCGAAUGCCCCGAGCACGCCCAGCACGACGACCAGCAACGUGAGCAAUCCCAGUCAGCCCUCGUCCGCCGGAACGCCGCAGGCACGUGGUGGCCGGGGCAGUAACGCCAACGGUGGAGCCUCUGGCAGCAAUGCAGCCGGAGGAGACGAGCCACGUAAGGACUCUAAGCCCACGCCCAGGAUUUCCAAAGCCCUGGGCACGUCGGCCAAGCGCAUCCAGAAAGAGCUGGCCGAGAUCACACUAGACCCACCGCCCAACUGCAGUGCCGGACCCAAGGGCGACAAUCUGUACGAGUGGGUCUCCACCAUCCUGGGACCACCCGGAUCCGUCUACGAGGGUGGCGUCUUCUUCCUCGACAUACACUUCUCGCCGGAGUACCCCUUCAAGCCGCCCAAAGUCACGUUCCGCACGCGCAUCUAUCACUGCAACAUCAACAGCCAGGGCGUCAUCUGCCUGGACAUACUCAAGGACAACUGGUCGCCGGCGCUGACCAUAUCAAAGGUCUUGCUGUCAAUUUGCUCCCUGCUCACAGACUGUAAUCCAGCCGAUCCGCUGGUGGGCAGCAUUGCCACGCAAUAUUUGCAGAAUCGAGAGGAGCACGAUCGAAUUGCGCGUCUUUGGACAAAACGGUACGCAACAUGAUGCGUAAGUUCCGGCAUCGUACAUGUACCACAAACCGAAAACUGCAACAACAGAAACGAAAAUUCGCAUCUUGCAACGGAGAAAGUCUAUUUUAUAAAUAUAUAUUAAAAUACGAUAACUAAUAAAGUAACAGUAAAAACUACCAUAACAUGUACACGAAACAUGAACAUGAACAGCAACCGCCAACAGCCAGUCGAUCCAAUUCAGCCUACAUAUAUUUAUAUCGAGCUAAUACAAAAGUUGUAAAAACAUUUGGAGAUUUCUUGAGUUGUAUUUUUCGGAAACUAGUUUUGUUUUUAGAUCGCUUAGCAACCGAAAACAUUGAAACGAGUCAAACGAGAGGAACACAUUCAAUAAAAAAUUGCAUGAUAAAUGGCACAUUGACAUAUUAAACUACAAACUAUUCAACUGCAUAAAUAAAUAUAAAUACAAUUAGUUUACAUUAUAUGUGUACAGUGUUAAGUGAAAAUGGAGCUAAACGAGUAAAGAGAAAAGCCUAUUUUAAUGCGUAAUAUAUUAAUGCAACCAAUGUCAGGGCAAAAACCUUCGUAAAAGAUGAUUUUCAUUAAAAAAAAAACUGGCCACAGCAAGGAAAAUUCUCAUCAACAAAAGACUAAAUAUGGAGUGGUAAACGAAAAACGAAAUAAAUCUAUGUAUACAAAACUUAAGACAACCUAUUCCAAAUUCCAAAACAAAAUUAAAUAAAUUUGUGUUAUUUAUA